GAUCGCGUGACCCGUCCCUCCCCGGCCCGGGCGGGCGCCCGCCCGCACCUGACCCGCGGUCGCUGCUGCCGACCCGGCGCGCGUGCGCAAAGGAGUGCGAGGGCCCGGAGCUGAGUGCGCGCGCGCGCGGAGGCACGGCCGAGACCAUGGACCGGAAGCGGCCGCCCUGCUCCCGCCCGCUGCUGGGGGCCUGCGCCCUCCUCUCCUUGGCCACCGCUGUCCUCCUGGGGCACGUCCUGCUCCACGAUUUGGCGGUGAUGCCCCAGGAGCCGCGCGGCUUGUCUCGAGACCCUGAGGAGAAGCUCGGAGCUCACCAGCAGGGAGCCAGCGGCCCCGGGCCCCGCCCCCGCCCAGGGGGAGCGGCACCCACACAGUGCGAUGCGCCCCCCAACAGCCGCUUCGACUGCGCCCCCGACAGGGCCAUCACCCGGGAGCAGUGCGAGGCCCGCGGCUGCUGCUAUGUGCCCGUGGGGCCGCCCCGGGGCUCCCAGAUGGGGCCGCCCUGGUGCUUCUUCCCCCCCAGCUACCCGAGCUACAGGCUGGGGAACCUGACCGCCACGGACACGGGCUACACGGCCAGCCUGGCCCGCGCCACCCCGACCUUCUUCCCCAGGGACAUCCUGAGCUUGCGGCUGGACGUGCUGCUGGAGACCGACAGCCGUCUCCACUUCACGAUCAGAGACCCCGCCAGCAGGCGCUACGAGGUGCCCAUGGAGACCCCGCGUGUCCACAGCCGGGCGCCGUCCACGCUGUACACUGUGGAGUUCUCCGAGGAGCCCUUCGGGCUGGUGGUGCGGCGGAAGCUGGACGGCCGGGUGCUGCUGAACACCUCGGUGGCGCCCCUGUUCUUCGCUGACCAGUUCCUGCAGCUGUCCACCUCGCUGCCCUCCCAGCGGGUCACCGGCCUGGCCGAGCACCUGGGCCCCCUCAUGCUCAACACCAACUGGACCAAGAUCACGCUCUGGAACCGGGACCUGGCGCCCACUGCCGAUGCGAACCUGUACGGGUCCCACCCUUUCUACCUGGUGCUGGAGGACGGCGGGCUGGCGCACGGGGUCUUCCUGCUGAACAGCAACGCCAUGGACGUGGUCCUGCAGCCGAGCCCGGCCCUCAGCUGGAGGUCGACCGGCGGGAUCCUGGACAUGUUUGUCUUCCUGGGCCCGGAGCCCGAGAGCGUGGUGCGGCAGUACCUGGACAUCGUAGGCCGCCCGUUCAUGCCGCCCUACUGGGCGCUGGGCUUCCACCUCUGCCGCUGGGGCUACUCCUCCACCGCCGUCACCCGCCAGGUGGUGGAGAACAUGACCAGGGCCGGCUUCCCGCUGGACGUGCAGUGGAACGACCUGGACUACAUGGACGCCAGGAGGGACUUCACCUUCAACCCGGACGGCUUUGGGGACUUCCCGGCCAUGGUGGAGGAGUUCCACCGGGGCGGCCGGCGGUACGUGAUGAUCGUGGACCCCGCCAUCAGCAGCUCCGGCCCUGCCGGGAGCUACCGGCCCUACGACGAGGGUCUGCGAAGGGGGGUCUUCAUCACCAAUGAGACCGGGCAGCCGCUGAUCGGGAAGGUGUGGCCGGGGCCCACCGCCUUCCCCGACUUCACCAACCCCGAGACCCUGGACUGGUGGCAGGACAUGGUGGCUGAGUUCCACGCCCAGGUGCCCUUCGACGGCAUGUGGAUCGACAUGAACGAGCCGUCCAACUUCGUGAAGGGCUCCGUGGACGGCUGCCCGGACAAUGACCUGGAGAACCCGCCCUACGUGCCAGGCGUGGUUGGCGGGACGCUCCGGGCGGCCACCAUCUGUGCCUCCAGCCGCCAGUGGCUGUCCACCCACUACAACCUGCACAACCUGUACGGCCUGACCGAGGCCCAGGCCUCCAGCCGGGCCCUGGUGAAGGCUCGGGGGACGCGCCCCUUUGUCAUCUCCCGCUCUACCUUCGCCGGCCACGGCCAGUACGCCGGCCACUGGACGGGAGACGUGGAGAGCAGCUGGGAGCACCUGUCCCUGUCCGUGCCGGAGAUCCUGCUGUUCAACCUGCUGGGGGUGCCCCUGGUGGGGGCCGACAUCUGCGGCUUCCGCGGCAGCACGUCGGAGGAGCUGUGUGUGCGCUGGACCCAGCUGGGGGCCUUCUACCCCUUCAUGCGGAACCACAACGAGCUGCAGAGCCUGCCCCAGGAGCCCUACAGGUUCAGCGAGCCGGCGCAGCAGGCCAUGAGGAGGGCGCUCACCCUGCGCUACGUGCUGCUGCCCCACCUCUACACGCUGUUCCACGGCGCCCACACCAGGGGCGACACCGUGGCCCGGCCGCUGUUCCUGGAGUUCCCUGAGGACUCCCGCACCUGGACCGUGGACCGCCAGCUCCUGUGGGGCAGGGCUCUGCUCGUCACGCCGGUCCUCGAGCCCGGGAAGGUCGAAGUGACUGGCUACUUCCCCGCCGGCACCUGGUACGACCUGCAGGCGGUGUCAGCAGAGGUCCUGGGGAGCCUCCCGCCUGCACCCGCGGGACGCCCCGCGCCGGCCAUCCACAGCGAGGGGCAGUGGGUGACGCUGCCAGCCCCCCUGGACACCAUCAACCUCCACCUCCGGGCCGGGCACAUCAUCCCCCUGCAGGGCCCCGGCCUCACGACCACGGAGUCCCGCAAGCAGCCCAUGGCGCUGGCCGUGGCCCUGACCUCGGGCGGGGAGGCCCAAGGGGAGCUCUUCUGGGACGAUGGGGAGAGCCUGGGGGCGCUGGAGCGCGGGGCCUACACCCAGGUCGCCUUCCUGGCCGGGAAUAACACAGUCAUGAACCAGCUGGUGCACGUGGACAGUGAGGGGGCCGGCCUGCAGCUGAGGAGGGUGGUGGUCCUGGGGGUGGCCUCGGCCCCCCAGCAGGUCCUCUCCGAUGGCGCCCAGGUCUCCAACUUCACCUACAGCCCCGACACCCAGACCCUGGACAUCCCUGUCUCGCUGAUGGUGGCACAGCAGUUUCUGAUCAGCUGGUCCUAACGGGCGGCCCCGGCGCUCCCCUGAGCCACGAGGCCCUGACUCGUCCUCCGUGUCUCCUGUGCUGGGGCUCGGCCGGAGCGGCACCGUCACAGCACUCAGCUGGGGCCCCAGGUGGGGCCGUGCCCUGGGGGCCGCCUGGAUUCUGAAUGUUUUCUCGAGAGACCUGCUCUCCACAGCCCGUCCCUAGAAUGCACUAGUGGUCAGCUGCCGCUGGCCGCCCACCCGUGAUGAGGGGUGGUACAUGGAGGGCCUCACCCCAAAGUCUUACCCGGGGCGGCUCUGCUGCUUCCCUGGCCGAUGGCGGAGCUGGACGGUCACCACAGACUGCUUCCUGGGGACCUCGGGAGAAUUCCCAGAACCGGGGAAACCUUCCUUUCAAGUGCAAUUGUUUGU